AUGAAGUUCAAGCUGGCUUUGCUCGCGGUCUUCGGGACAGCCAUAUGCGCACCCUCCCCGUCUAUGGGCGUCAAAAGAACUGACGGAGUAACGACCGAACAGUUUGACAAGUUCAAGUACUACGCGCAGCACGCCUCGGCUGAUUACUGCAACACGGACAAACCACCAGGGUCACUGAUCACCUGUGAAGGCGGAUGCCCAACUCUGGAGACAAACAAAGUCACCAUCUUUUCGACAUUCAAUGGUCCACUCACCGGCAUAGGCGGCUUCAUCGCCAUCGACAAAACCCGCCAAGAAAUCAUCCUCGCCGUCCGCGGAACCACCAACAUCCGCAACUUCAUCACCGACGCCCGAUUCCUCCUCGCAAACUGUGACGUGACUCCAGGAGCCGCAGUCCACGCAGGCUUUCUAAGCGCCUGGAAGGAGAUAUCCUCCUCGGCUCGCAACGGCGUCAAAGCCGCGCUGCUCGCACACCCGGGCCACAAGUUCGUGAUUGUUGGCCACUCCCUCGGCGCGGGUGUCGCCACCAUUGCGACUGCCUAUCUCCGCCGAGACGGGUAUUCUGGCACCGAUUUAUACACGUAUGGAUCUCCGCGCGUGGGAAACGCUGCGUUUGCGGAUUUUGUGACGAGCCAGGCUGGCAGUGAGUUUCGGGUGACGCAUUGGAAUGAUGCGACGCCGAGUGUGCCCCCUUUGCUUUUGGGAUAUAGACAUACGGAUGUGGAGUAUUGGUUGUCUACUGGGCCGGAGGAUAAGUUGGAUUAUGGGGUGAGGGAUGUUAAAGUGUGUAGGGGGAGCGCGAAUCUGAGUUGCAGUGGUUCCGUGGUGCCAGACUUGAGUUUGACUCCGCACCGGUAUAUUUUGGCAGACAUGUAUGCCUGUGGGGGAUUGAAAUUAUCGUGA